GGUCGAAACCGAAAGCGGAAAAAUGCCCAAAAGUGAUGGGAAAUCAUCCUCUAUAAAUACAAACAAAAAUGAUUCUUUAAAGCAAACAACAAUGGGAAAUUUUUUUUCAGGGAGCAAACCUGCGAAGAAACCGAGUAUGAAAAAAAAGAAAAGUGUUCUUGAUGAUGAAUCAUCAUAUUUUACAAGUUACCGCAGGAAUGAUUUAGAACAAUACAGACUUGGAUAUCCAGGUAAAAAGGAUAACAAGAAAUUGCAAGACAACAUGAAGUUCUACAAAAAUGAAAUGAAGUCUUACCCAGAUGGUGACUUCAUAGAUAAUAUUCACAAAAAUUGGUGGGGAGAUUAUGAGAGGCUUGAGAGGCAUCAUGGUUAUGUACAAUGGUUGUUUCCAAUUAGAGAAACUGGGAUGAAUUUCCAUGCACAAGAACUACAAAUGUUUGAAAUUGAGAAAAUAAUGGAUGACCCAAAGGCUUUUGCUCGGGUGCUGAAAUCAUAUGAGAUGAUGUUGGAUUUCUAUGGAAUGAAAUUGGAUGAAAAGACAGGACAAGUUAGCAGAGCUAAAAACUGGAAAGCAAGAUUUAGUCACCUAAAUAGAUCGUACCAUAACUAUUUAAGGAUUACCAGGAUUUUGAAGUUUCUAGGAGAAUUUGGUUAUGAACAUUACAAACGUCCGUUUGUGGAGUUUACUUUGCAGGAGGCAAUGGAGCACGAGACGUUAGAAAAUACAUUAGAAAGCUGUGUUCGCUACUGGCUAGAGACCAUCAAAAGUGAGGAAGAUCGCGAGCAACUGAAAGAUUACAUCAGAAAGAUGGAGGCAGGUUACAACUCCCCGGAUGAUGAAACAAACGGAAAAGAGUUAGUGUCAAGUGCAAAGGUAGAUAAAAUGGUGGAGAAAUCCUUAGAAAACCAGAAAGAGGUGGAAAAAAGAAAGUUAGAGGACGAGUCAGGCGAGGAUAUCGAUGAGGCUUCCAACGAGGAAUGGAAGAAAAAGGAGGAAAAAAUGAAAAGAAAUUCACAGAAAGAGGAAAAGGAAAGAUUAGGAAUAGAUUCAGAGGAAACAAAGGGAAAGGAGGGUACGGGGGCUGAGAUGAGUGAUAAGGAAAAGGGUGACGUGGCAGCAUUAUUGAAAGCUGAAGAAAAGAUGAUGGAAGGCAAAAAAGACCCAAAAAAUGAGACCGACAUGGAAACAGACAAUGUAGAUGAUCAAGGCAGUAAAAUGGAUACGAGUUAACCCGCAUGUUGUUAAGAGAAUUCACAAAAGAUUUGCUGCCGUAUAUAAAUUACGCCUAAAGUUGAAAUAACGAGGGUUAAUUUAUACGUAUUAAUUGUUAAUUAUUAAUUAUAAUAAUUAAUUUCAAAUAAAAUACACUGUAGUUGCAAAAACUUGCACAUUAGUAAAUGGUCCAAAUUGCAGUGAUGCAGAUGU